AUGAUGCUAAGGGCAAUUGUUUUAUUUUUCUUUCUGCACGUCCGCAUUACUGCGUUGGAUUUAUCAUGUUAUGUACACAAUCGAUCAGAUCACACAAUAUUCUGUCGGUCGAGUGCUAAUUUACCGGAAAGAAACUAUUUUCAGAUAAAAUACAUUUAUCUGGUACAAGAUUUGACGAUUGAUACUCAUGAACAUUAUUCGAAGUUGGUUAAAGUGUCCAAACAUUGUGAUAGAGCUUGUGAUGUAGCUCGACCACCUCAACCAUGCUCUCAAUCGGAAAACCAUGGUUGCAAAUGUGGAUGGACGUUCUAUAACGUUACUAACUCAUGCUAUCGAGUUAUGAGAACUGCAAUCGGUUAUACUUUUGAUGAAGCUGAAAGAGAUUGUGUUCUGCGAGGGGGUGAUUUGACUUCCAUUCAUAGUUCCGAGGAGAACGAAUUUCUCGCUCACUUAUCCGGAACUGGUAAACGUUUCCAAAUGCAAGAACAUGCUUGGAUAGGAUUGUAUCGAGAUCAUCUCUCAAAACUCAAAUGGAUUGAUGGAACUGAAGUAGAUUACCAAAUAUGGUGGGACAGUCAGCCGGAUAACUUCAAUGGAACAGAAGGAUGUAUACAGUUGCGCAAUUGGAAACAAUCAAUUGAACAACGAUGGAAUGAUGUGAAUUGUGAAAGACGAAUGAAGAAAUACAUUUGUCGGGCAUCUCCGAUAAUACUCGACGACGAAGAAUGA